GGUGAAGAGUUCGUUGCGCAACUACGCCACUGUUUUUCGCGCGUAGCGAAUUUCGCCGCCGAUUUUGACACGCCGAGGAAUUUUAGGUUAGUGCGUUUGUGUUUUGAUUUCCUGAAGGAAAUACUUCUUAAUUUCCUAACUAAACCACGGUGAAUUAUCCGAAUUAUCUCAAAAUCUAUCGGAAAGAGCGCCUAUAUGCCUUCAGUGGCAAUGGAAAGUGCUGUAAAGUCCGGGGAAGAUCCAAAAGGGGACAGUGAAGAGGAUAGCGCAGACACUUGGUCUGAAGAGCGCUUCACGGAGUGCCUGCAGACAGUUUUGGGGCGCUAUUACUAUCGCUCCGCGCAUCGGCUGCAGAUGAAAAUGGUGCCCCCGUGCUACAGAGACCUGGAGAAGUGUUCGCGCGAGCACUGGAAGACGCAGAACAUCGUUGUGGCGUCGCACGCACUGGAGACGGAUUGCCGGAAUCAGAAAGACGACACACUCUUCCAGACCAUCAAUCACAUAUGCAUUCGGGGCUACUUUCCAGGCCCCAACAUUCUGCAGGUGAUUCUCCAGGCGAUACUCAAUGCGGAGGAGGCACUCGGGCAGCUGGAAUUUGCCUCUGAUCCUCCGCAGCACAGUCUGCACAUGAGCAUUCAGAGCUUCGAGAUGAUUCUCAUGCAGUUCCCGCCGUGCAUCCUGCAGCUGGAGCCGCACUAUUCCACGCUCCUGACCAAGCAAUGCACCUUCGAUGAGAUGCAGGAAUUCGCCAGCGGAGCCGACGGCAUUCUCUGCUGCAUCGUGGGCACAAUUGACAAGGUUCUGAAGAAGCCAGAGAGCGAGGAGGUGUCACCUCUUGAGCAGAGCAACACUGAGCGAGACCUGAAGAACAUAGACAUCACUGAUCUGGGCGGCGGAUUCGGCUGCCUGAGCAGGAAUGCGAAGUUGGAGCGACUGCACGUGAUCCUGCAUCUGCUCGUGAAGCUGAUGGAGAUGGAUUUGGCCAUGUGGAUGCUGCGCCACCCCAAGAAGGCCUCCAAGUCCAUGCUGAAGCCCACGAAGCAGCCGCUGGUCGGGAAGAUCCUCUGGCCGAACGGCGACUUCGCCAUCACGCCCUUCAUGGACACGUGUUUCACGGUCUUCGUGCGGAGCAUUGCGCAGCAGCUUCCGGAGGAUUUGCUGCAGAUCUCUGGGCGCCUCAUCGGUCUGAUCUCCAACGCUGUGAACCUCUGCGAAGUCCAGACCACGUCGCAAGUCCAGUAUCCCUGCAUCAAGCAGAACUCCAUCAGCCUCGCCCAGACUUUCAUGAAAAGCAUCGCAGACUUUGAGAAUUCUAGUUCCAAUUUGACUGUGAAUGUCAUCAAGAAGAUUCCGUGCCCAAUCUCGAAGAUGCUGAUGAUCGACAGCAUAUUCAGCAGCAUCGGCUCUCACCCCGGAAGCCUGUGCAUUACGAAGAUCUUGAAGAUCGUGCGUGAGAAGGCGUGGAUUGCGCGGAAUGCAGAGAUUUCGCAAGUGGAGCACGUGAAUCUCUUCGCCGAUGCCAUGAAGUGCUGGCUGGAUGUCUAUCGGCUGCACGACGUCUUCGAGGCGUACGCGCGCGAGGAGAAAGAUGAAGAGGCGGAUAGCAAGGAGCAGGAGAAGAUGUCGCUGGACGAGAAGGUGGCGGAGGAGGAAAAGCGCGUAGGACGCAAAGUGCGAAUGGAUUAUGACAAGUUGAAUCGCGAUCUGAGCAAGAUUCUCAAGGGAUUCAAGCGCGACAUUCCCAUCAAGUACAACGAGUUGAACUUGGACUGCAACGUGCUCGGGAUCGCGGACAUCCAUCAGCUGUACAUCGAUGAGUUCAAGAGUGUGCUCAAGCUGCACAAAUUCCUGGUGAAUCGCAGCGCAAGAUAUCCGAAAAUCUUCGCCGAUUGGAUUGCGCUCAUUGAGAAGCUUUUCGGCUUUGCCAUCGCCACGAAUUAGCGAAGGUGAGUUUUUGAGACUUAUUGGGUGAAUCAUCCGUUUUGUGAAUUAUUAAUUACGACCACAUUUUUUUGUAUGAAUUCUUGCAUUCCACCGCAAAUUUCAUUAACAAUGAUGCAAUCGCUGUCAACCCACAAAAGGCAGUCUUUUGUAUCGCCUCUGGUGAUGUUGUCAGCGCGAAUAAAUCGUGAAAAUGGCAAUGAUUUGUCUAUUUGAAAUGCACUUUUUCAUUGGUUUUUGACGAACAGAAGCAGCGAUAUUGAGAGGCACAUAUAUUUCUUGCAAAAACCCAUUCAAUUGAGAGGAACGUGAGAUGAAUGGGUAAAUAUGCAAUAUUUCGAUUACUCUUCAAUUCAGUUAUGGAGGAAUUCAAUCAAAUUCAGUGAGAUUUGGAUGGUUUUUAUUGAUAAAAUGCCGAAGCACAGUGAAGAGACGUUUUAAUAGAUCAGAAAUUGAUCCAUUUUUUCGCCGUUUCGAAUGCCAAACAAACGGAGGAAGUAAUAAAAUGAAAUGGUUUUGUAUCACAGUGCCGGCCU